AUGCUGGCGUUGCUGGCUGCCGGGAUAUUCCUCGGCACCAUAGGAACCGCCUACGCGCAGGACAUGACCAUAGGUGAAGUCGACUCGAAGGUCGAGAAUCUCAUUACGGUCAUUGCAGCUGCGCUGGUCUUCUUCAUGCAGGCCGGAUUCGCGUUUCUUGGCGCGGGGCUGAUCCGCUCCAAGAACACGGUCAACUACAUGACCAAGUCGUUCCUCGACUUCUGUAUCGCGUCGCUCGGAUUCUGGGCAUUCGGCUUCGCGCUCAUGAUGGGCGGCGGCGCCGCAUCCGGGAUCAUCGGCCUUGAGGGUUUCUUCCUGGUCGACUUCGAUGACUCCCAGCUCGUCAGCUGGUUCUUCCAGAUGGUCUUCGCCGGGACUGCCGCGACGAUUAUCGCCGGCGCGAUGGCGGAGCGGACCAAGAUCAACGCCUACUUCGCGUACAGCUUCAUCGUCGGUGCCGUGGUUUACCCGAUCUACGGCCAUUGGGCAUGGAGCGACGAAGGAUGGCUCGCCUCGAUGGGCAUGGCCGACUACGCGGGCUCCGCGGUCGUCCACAUGAUCGGGGGCUUCCUUGCGCUGGCCGGCGCGAUAAUCGUCGGACCCAGAAAGGGAUUCCGAGAGGGCGCCGACCUCAAGGGGACACAGCAUACCAUACGUCGUCAUCGGCACGUUCAUCCUGUUCUUCGGUUGGUUCGGAUUCAACGUCAACUCUGGCAGCCUGGGACUUAA